UAACACGGUGUCCUGGAUGUUAGCGGUUGUGCUAAGAGAAACAAUCUGUUUGGCUUGUACUGAAGCCACAUCCAUAAAGCCAGUCAGCAGGGAAUCUUUCUCUUUGAGUUCCUCUGAGACUCCUGCCUUCCUGAUGUUCUGCGCCAGAUUAUUCCUGUCACUGUGAAAGGUGUUCCUCGGCCAUCUUCAUGUGCUCGAGAGUUACUAGUGGUUUUGUAAUUUCUCUUCGCAUUUGAAGUAGCUCCUUGUGAAGUCUUCUGGACCUGUGACAUAUAAAAGAUCAAAUGUGCGAUCAAACUCUCUGCCCUUCAAUGUUUGUGUAGUGCCUCUUAAGAAUAACUAAGAAAUGAGACAAGACUAAGGUAAGGACCUAAAUGCAGAUGUGAUGGAAGCCAGCAAGGCUUUUUAGGCAGGCAGGCAGGUUUAAGUCACUGAAGCCAAAAAGUAAAAACACAGAUUAAGACACAUUGCAACCAGAACAUACAGAUAGGAGAAAUAAUGGAUCUGGGCUGGUAUGAGGGGCAGGAUCUUGAAUGAAGAAUGUAAUGCUGAGGGCAUCUGGUGGAUGAAAGAAGAAUGACAAUGAAUCAAUGCAUCAGCUUUUGCAUCUCUGUUCAUUUUGUUACGAAUAUCCUGGCAUGAAAGUGACCAAAAGCAUACUGAAAGGAGGUGGGAUGUGACAUCCCUUAAUUGAAAUGAGUUUUUAUUUUUUAUAUUGAUAUUAAAUAGCUGAAUGGGUGAAAAUCCAAAAUGCCAAAGUGUUAUUGGUCACAGAAUAGCAAUGAGCAGUCAUACAAAACUUUUUAACAGCACGUGAAUUAGGCUGUAAUCACAUCAAAUCAGCUAAAAAACAAGGCCAGUUCUCCCAUUCAUUUGAAUGUGGGUUAUGCAUUUAGGCUGCAGCGGUGUGACCACAGAUACAUAGACAGAAGCACGUUGCUGCAAUCCGCUGUUUAAGUAACCGUGAAAAUGAAAGUGAAACUGCUGUGAUGAUCUUCCCAGUGCUGAUCAACCCUGUCAUGAGAAGUACAAAGACAAAAAUCCCUGUGCAGUCGCUUGGCAUUGUAUCGCUCUUCAACUUGGGAUUUUUGGUUAGUAUUUCUACUACAAUCAGCCCAUGCGUUACACAAAUAGGUCAUGUAGUGACACUGCUGCACACACCUGACUGGUAGUGAAUACAGCCUCACAGAAGUAAAGUGUGUAGGGUCUGUUCCUGUGAGCAUCCUGUGUUUGACAUUUAUCUGGUCAUUUUUAGAGUACCACCUUCAGAGCUCUGCUGCUGUUGUUAACCACAUUCUCAACAAAAUACUUCCCCCUCAGUUCUCAGAUACAAAUACGAAAUAAAGUGCACACAUGAGGUAAUGUAGAUCAUUAUAGAGCUACUAGAUAAAGUCUGUGCCCAGGAACUCCUCUAAUAACACAUAAGUGACUCAUCAUGUCUUUUAACGCCACACUAAACCACAGCAUCCGCCUCUGCUGCUGUAUAUAUAAAAAUUCUUAGUAACACUUAAUUGUAUAGCUUCCAAAUAAUUUCCUUAAAAAGGAUCAGUGCAAUUUGUGUUUCUGUGAAACUAUAAAUUACAGGCAAGCAUAUUAUUCGACAAAUAUGGAAAAAUAUAAUUAUUCUAAAAAUAUGCUAUUAAAAAAUGUACAGGACCAGUUAAAUGAGGCAUUGCCAAAGUCAGUUGUCUCCUGAGUUUAUCACAACAGUGACAUCAGCUCCAUGACCUCUCUCCGGUUACAGUUUUUGGCUCUUUAAGUUCAGAGAGAUAAAAAAAAAAGAUCAAGUAGGCUGAGCAUCCGACAACAUAAAUUUAGAAAGUUACACUGACAACUAAUGACAUAGACAGGCAGAAUGAGCAAGUGACGUAUUACCAAUCACAGAAAGAACUUUUCACACGCAGUAGUUCACAGGAUCUGGCAGUUAAUAGGUGAGAAGGGGCAAAUAAAAGAGUCUGGCACGAUGGCUGAACUAGGAUGGAAUAAAGUGUCUUUAUUUCUGAGGCUGCUGCUUCAGUUUACAGAGGUGACUGGACAACAUUUCUUCAGCUUUGUUGUCAGAAACGGAGAUGAAGUCACUUUGUCUUGCGGAAAUGUUACAGAUGGUUGGGACAAUUGUGACAGUACUACAUGGAUCUUCAGUGGUCCAGGAAACACAGAAGUACAGCUAAUUGAACUUGGCCAGAUUAGAGAAAAGGCCAAAGCUAAAUCAGACAGACUGAGUAUUAUAGAGAAAUGUUCCCUGCUCAUGAAGAAGGUCACAGCUGACGAUGCUGGGUACUACACCUGCAAACAGUCUGAAUCAGGACAUCAACAAUUUGAAGAGACUCAAGUUGUUCUGUCUGUUAUUAACAUGACUGAACAUAAGGACGCUGAUAAGGUGACGUUAAACUGCUCUGUGUGGACAUAUGGAUCUUGUAGAUACACAGUGAAGUGGCUGUAUGAGGGUAAAGAUGUGGAUAAAGACAACAAAGACAUAAAAACAUCACAGGCUGAACGCUCAGUUGCUGUGACAUUUCUUCCCUCUUAUCUCGAGCAGAAGUCAAACUAUCGAGAGUUGUUCCAGUGUAAAGUGACAGAUGGUUACACUGGAAAAGUUCAGCUGUUCACUUUCAGCCUUCAGUCGCCAGGUGAGAAACCAGGUGUGAAUGCCUUAUUAUCAACAGCAGCACCACUAACAAUACAAAAAUUGUCUACAUCUCGUACAGGUCAUUCUGCUCUGGACUACAUAAUGUUGGUUAUCCGUGUGGUCGAACUCCUCCUAUUUAGUGUGAUUACUGUUCUUCUCAUCAGAGCUCGAGGGAACCAGAGAGCACCUGGUGACAACACUGUUUUAAACUCAGGGAGAAGCCGAACAGUGAAGCGUUCUGGUCCAGCAGCCAGUCAGAUGAAUAAUGAUGAAGAUGAAGAAGAUGAUGAGGUGAUCUAUGAAAACUCUGAGGACCCUUCUGCAACUCUCAGACUCCACUGAUGAACAACUUCCACGUCAGCAUCAACUCAUCAAAGAAAAACAUGCUGUUAAGAAACAGCAUGUUUACACGAGUAGUUGAUUGUUUGUUUUUGUUUUUAUUCAUCAACGUGAGAAAUGUUUUUGUGCUCAGCUGUUUCUACUUCAGUCUGACUUUGGACAACAACAUUCAAGUCUUGAUUUCAUCUCAUAUCAGGAAGCCCACUGUGAGUUUUAUAAAAUGUAUUUUCCUGCAUUAGUUGUGAAAAUCUCUAUUGUUCUCUAUUUUACAUCUGAUAACAAUAUAAUCUGCA